UAUACCGAUUGGGAUCGAGUGAACGAUGGUUAUCAGAAUCAGAGGGCGAUAGCAGACAUCGUGGGCGAUUAUUUCUUCAUCUGCCCAUCUACACAUUUUGCACAAUUAUUUGCAGAUCGUGGUAUGAAAGUCUACUACUACUUUUUUACGCAGAGAACAAGUACGAAUGUAUGGGGCGAAUGGAUGGGUGUGAUGCAUGGUGACGAAGUGGAAUAUGUCUUUGGACAUCCUUUGAAUAAAUCUCUGGAAUACACCGACAAUGAACGAGAUCUGGCUUUGAGAAUGAUUCACUACUUCUCGCAUUUUGCUUACACGGGGAUGCCAACGGUAAGCGAAACAGACUGGCCAUCUUAUACCAGAGAUCAUCCAAAGUAUUUUAUUUGGAACGCGGAAGAGAAGGAUGCUUUCGGUAGAGGUCCUCGCACAACGGCCUGUGCAUUUUGGAACGAGUUUCUGCCGCGUCUAAAAGGCAUUCCUGAUCCCACACCCGAGGCAUGCAAAAGCGCAAUGGCAUCAAGCGUUUCUGCCGGUGUCAGCGGACUGCGUGGUUCACCAACGAUUGCGUCCAUUCUCUUACUUCCGGUGCUGGUGAUUCGACACCUCGAACUACUAGCUUGAAUAAGAUCGCGGAGAGAGAAAUAUGUAUAGAACUCAUAUGAUGAUAACCCCUCUUCUGCGAUAACUCUCAGCUACAAUUAUCAACGACGGAUCGUAUGAAAUCCCGCGCGAAAUUGAUAACUGCGCGCACAACGGCGCGGACGCAUUGAUCGACCCAUGCAGGUAACGAUCAGCAAUUUUUCAGAAUUUGUCCUUGCUGAGUACCUUAAUACCCAUCAAAGAGCGAGUUACGAGCAAUUUAUGCGCGGCGAAUGCGCUGCGCUGCCAUUAAAUCGUUCCCUUGAAAUCCAGUGAUGGAUCACAAAGGCAUGACCUCAUUUCCAGCUCCGAUGGCACUGUCGGGAGUACCAGGUGCACCUGCACAACUUUGUCACUCUGACGAGCAAUCUGCCGCCACGUUCUUGCAUCAACGAAUAAUGUGACUAGAGAUACUGAGCGAAUUUAAUUGCACUGGCGUACCUAAUAGAAAUUAUAUUCAGAAAUCUUCAAUCGGAGCACCGAUUUUUAGAUUUUGAUGUCCUGAAUGGGAUCUAUUUGAAUAGUCGAUUGUCGAGAAAACAGAAGAUUGCUUCAAUAAUGAACUUUCGCGCUUAAUACACAUGAUAAUAUGUACAGCACAAGAGCUAGAUUAUUAACCAAAAGGAAAAAAAUUAAUGAUUUGAUAUACAAUAAAGAGAAGAGUCUUUUUAUCAAUAAAUGCGGAAGAGAUGAUACAUAAUAAUUAUAACACAAUACUUGGAUAAAUAAAACGUUCUUUUUUUGGGUAACGAA